AUGACUUAUGAUCUGACUGAUAAAGAUGAAAAUACUGUUGAGAAAAAGGAUCAAUCCAUUGACAUAGUAAAUAUAGAGGAUUUGGACUCUGAUGAUGUACCCAUCGGCCAAAGACUUGCUCCAGGAAUAGAUAAAAGAUCGAAGAACAGAAAAGGUCAAGCUAUUGAAUCCUCAAACAUGCCCUUUAAAUCUCUUAGGAAAAGAGCUAGUGACAUCGUUUCUACUUCCAGAAAGCAAGUAUAUGUGAAGAAGAUUCCAGCAAAUAUUCCUGAAGUUCCAAUUGACAACAUCUCCUUUCACUCUGUGGAGAAUGUUGAAAAAUGGAAAUUUGUUUAUCAAAGAAUAUUGGCACUAAUUCAUUGUGAACACUCUAAAGAAUGUGAUAACAAGAGGAGCAAGGAUUUUAGAAAAGUAGAGAUUACUACUAAACAAGUAAAGGAAUGGCCAAGGAAAGGGAAGUUGUUCGCAAGUGCCUUGAGUGUGAAGUAUGUUGUACUUCACAGAAUUGAAGCUGCUAAUUGGGUUCCUACCAAUGACACCUUCAGCAUUGCUACAGGUCUAGAUCCAAUAGCUUUUCCCCCAUUGAUAUGUGGGGUUAUCCUGAGUCAACACUCAAGUAUCCUAAUCAGUUCUGACAAUAUCUACAAAAGAGACCCUCCUCUCUCAUUACAUUUUAGGUUGUUCACUGGGAAACAUGUUCCAUACAUUGUCUUGACAUCUACACAAACAUCUUAUAGUCCUACUACUAGAACAUGCAUCCUUGCUGAGCUAAAAGAUUCCUGCAAGACCUUGGAUGAAACUAUCAAAAGUUAUACUAAGCGGAAAAGCAAGAUUAAAAUGUUGAUAAAGGCCUUGUCUAAAGAAUAA